AUUGCUGUGUUUGCGCUUGCGCUUUUGCUCCCUAUCCGAGAGAAAUUGACCAAUAAAACAAUUUUAUUAAUAUUAUUUCUGUCCUUUUCGCUCGCACAGGGAAGCAUACACAAUAGUUUAGUUAAUCAGCCAAUUGUAAGCCGUGGGACGCAAAGAACUAAGCAAACAUGUCACCGUUUUUGUCAGUUGUAAUAGAUUAAGAUUGAAACUAGAGAAAAAAAAAUUGUACCUUACGGUUGUUUCUGUCUGCCGUGCGUUUAAGCCUACCGAUUCUUGAUUAGCUGUAUUGCUAUUUCUGUGUUUUUCUUCCCUUCAUAUAUAUCCACACUCGAUGCUUACCAAAGGGACCCUCCAAGAGUUUUUUUUUUAAAUUAGCGUGUUCAGUACUAUACCUUGAGCCAGGCUGUUCAAAACUCGAUUGGGCUAACCCUGGAUUAGCGGGAAGUUUGAUUUUAGCUUUUUAAUUUUUCGGUAAAGUUUUCUGUUUUAUUGUUUGUCCUUCAGUUUUGAAUUUCAAUAAAACUGCACGAAACAUAUAAGAACAUGAGCAGUGAAAAACAUUCAGAAGGUUUCAAGUUAUUUUGUUUUUGGAGUACAUAUAUCUUCCUUUUAUAGCCAUUUUGUAUUGUUGACAGCUACCAGACUCUUUUGUUUCUUGAACAAUGGUUUGAAAGUAUUAACAGCUCCCUGCCUCGACGGUCAAAAUCUUUGUUAUAGACGCGAGUCACUGGAUCCGCUCUACCGGGAGUGGGAUAAGCCAGUUUUAUCGAGCGUCACAUGCAAAACAUCGCUGCUUGGAAAAUUUAGAAUUUAUACAUUUUUACAGCAAAAGGUUCUGAUUGUUGUUGGUGUUGAGCCGCUUCUCAAUGUCGUCUUUGUUGAAGUUCUCACCUCGAUCACUGUAAAAUUAUCAAUGUCGAAUAAAGGAUUUUUAAAUGCCUGUUGAAUUGAACAAGGACCGUCAAUAUUCCAACUCCUCAGGUCUAUUUUCCCCUGAAAUUGCGAAUAUUAAACUUCUGGAAAUACAUUCUGUUAUUUUCGUGAGGUUAGGCUCGGUAAGUACCCUCAAAAAUAAAAAGGUAAGUAAAUAACAGAAUGCGAUUGUAUAGCCUCAAGGAAAUUGAAUUAAAUUUUAAAUGCUUGUUAGGGGAGUCCAUUCGGAUGUUGUCAUUGCAGUGUGAUGUAUAUUGUAUUCACGUGGAACUGUGGAAUAUUUCUGGAUCUGACAAAUUUCAUUCCGACUCAUGCUUCAAAAAAUAGGAUCUUGGACGGGUUUAGUAAAUAUACACGCCGGAGAUGUAGCCAGAUGUAAGCUGUGUCAAGAAUACCACUGACAGUUUCAACUGAACGUUAAUGUUCGUUGACAUAAUAUAACUAGUCAUGUUUAUGUAAAGUUAUCAGUGGUAGGAAAGUAUCCAAGACAAAAGCUAAGACAAACACACAAGCAAGAGUAACGAAGUAUUUUUUCUACCUCUUGGACGAUUUGUUGAACUGCAAUUUAUACCACAGUACAUUCCUAGUUAUUCAAGGCCAAUUUGAUCCCUUAUGAGUGCAUCUCAGUACUGAGACCAUGACUCAAGACUUGCCAAGUUUUGAAAACGCUAGCCAGCCCGAAGGAAAUUCAAGCACGGAAAGCUACCAGCUGUUGGUUUGUGUUUCAGCACCGUUAGCCAUCUUUGGCUUUGUUUUCUAUGCUGUUAUUUUCUGUUUGGGAGUCUUUGGAAAUGUUUUCGUUAUUUGCACAGUUUUCAGAGAAACCAAACUUCACACGCCUUUCAACUAUUUAGUGAUUAACCUCGCCGUUUCUGACUUGUGCGUUUUUUUCGUUUCGAUUCCCAUUGUGGUGUUUAGCGAGUGUUUUUCAUGGCCGCUAGGCGAGUUAGCUUGUCGUUUUUCUCGUCCGCUAUUUCUUGUUUUUACUGGUGUGUCUGUUUGUACCAUGAUAACACUAAGCUAUGAAAGAUACAGAGCUGUGGUGAGACCAUUAGCACCGAAACUAACGCGUAAAAUUGCAGUGCAGAUCAUUGGGCUGAUAUGGAUUUUAUCUUACCCAAUUUUUGGUCUCCCGAGAUUCUUCAUGUUUGGAUUAACAACCGAAAAAGGAAUUCUACAAUGUGACCCAGUUGGAAAAAAUUUUGUUCAUCACAUGGCGGCGAACACCUGGCGUAUCAUCUGCGUUUUAAUCGUGCCCAGUGUUGUUGUGUCCUGGGCGUAUGUUCGCGUAAUGCGCCAACUCAAACAGGAUCUUGCUGUCAUUGGAGACACUUUCGCUUCACAAGACAUGACUAGGUCCCGUGCUCAGAGAAACGUGAAAACAAUGCGCCUUCUUAUCACAAUUAUUCUUGUCUUUGUCGCUUGCUUCUUGCCGUUCAACAUGGUUACAUCCCUUAACGCUCUUUCUUCCUAUGAACAAUGGCAAUACAAUGAAACGGUCGAGAGUAUGUCCCGGAUGUCACAAGUGGCUCACAGCUGCUUCAAUCCCAUCAUCCUCUGCCUGUUGAGCGCCGAUUUUCGCAAAGCUUGGAAGAAAUUGUGCGCAUUUGGUGUGAAAGGAGUAAAAGGAAGGAGUAAAGUUUACGUUUUGCCAGAAAUCCAACAAACCGACAGCUCUAUCCCGCUAGUUCUGUUGAUACAAGUUUGUAAGAUAAGUGUUUGACAUUAUUGAGAAAAAAGGAAGGUUUUCAAAUUAGCGUCGUGAAGCUAAUCAAUCUGGCCAAACACAAAUUACACAGAUGAUCUGCUGAAUCAAUCAAACUUCAAAACAAGUUCAUGAUUUCCCCCAAGAGUGUGGCAAAAGUGGAG